UUGGGGGCAAAAAUGGAAAUGGAGGCAAAAGAGAUCAACGGCUACAUUCCUCAAGAACAAUGGUGGUCAGCACCAAAUUCUCCAAUGGUGGAAGGAGCUGAUCAAAUGGGGGUUGACUCACUGACCGAUUCACAUUCGGGCAGCCCGGUUUCGAAUACUCCGAACUGGGAAGCCGAACAGAGGCACAGGCGUAGCCGGAGCGAGAUAGCGAGCUCGUUUUAUAGGCGUAGCAGUAGCACUAUCAAUUUCCAGAAAUGGAAGUCUCAGAUGCAGAGGGCUUUGCAGUGGCGUAGUCGUAGUUUUCGCGACGAUAGGGUGUAUUGCUCUUUCGAUCCCGAGAUUAUGGCCAAUCAGAAAAGGCAGUGGUGUAAACUCCAAUCCAAAACAUUGGUACGGAAAUUCACGGAUCCUGAUCGAUUUAAAGAGCCUACGUCGUUGUUCGAACACUUUGUAAUCACGGGGCUUCGCCCGGACGUCAAUCUUGAAAGGCCUACAUUCCCGAUUAUGGAGCCUCAGGUACUGUUUAUGUAUCCACCUGGAAAAGAGAUGGCUUUGCGUUUGCAGGAUUUGGCUGCGUUUUGCUUUCCUGGAGGCGUUAAAGCUGGUGUAUUGGAAAGGACUUCGUCGUUAACCGAGUUGAAUGAACUAAUUUACGGACAGGAACACUUGUGCAGAGAUGAUUUGUCGUUUAUAUUCUCACUCAAGGUUGCAGAUAAUGCAACACUUUACGGUGUUUGCUUGCACGUGCAAGAGUUCGUGCACAAACCAACCGCCAUUUCUGUAGUUUCGUCGCCGCUGCCACAAUCGAAUUCCGCCUCCAGCAGGUCUUUAGUCUCCGCCCCCCGCUGCUAUUGCUUAUUGACAAAAGUACCCUUCUUCGAAUUACACUACGAGAUGCUGAAUAGCAUCAUUGCGCAGGAGCGUCUGCAUCGGAUCACGCAGUUCGUCAACGAAAUGUCUCUUUCCGAUUACGUCCCUUCUCCAACAAUCUCGAAAGACGGUAACACAAACGGGAAUGCCGACUCACCGAAUUGGGAACUCAGCUCACCAGGGAGUGCCACUGCUAGUGACACGUCAGAUACUAGCCACGCGAAAGAACUGGAUAAAGACGGUGACAAGAGCAUAUUUUCUUUUGACGUUCGUACCCCUGAGAAUUCGGAGAAGCAAUCCGACAGUUUAGAACAGAUGUACGGGGUUAACUGUAAUGACUGCACUUCAGAAGUGGGCCCACGUAUAUGCAAGAGGGAUCCAUCGUGGGAAACUCUUCGAAGUAUUAGGACUUCAUUUAGUUCAGCUAGAAGUAUGGUAUCGGAGGAUGAAGAUGACGAAAUAUUUUAUAAUAAUUAUAAAGAUCCUACCGAUGACGUAACAAUCGAAUUGGCAAGUGAGAAUAAAAACGAUUUGCUACAGAUAAUUAGUGGUUAUUAUUCCGUGCCUCUCCUUGCAAGGGGAAGCAAAAUAGUUUUUCAGCCGUUGGAGCAUUUGCCUCCGAUCGAGUAUCUACGCCCUUCUGUUUCCGAUGUUGGAGUGUGCGGAAAAUAUCUUGAUUUGAAAUUGCAAGAUCCAAAUGAAGUCUCUCAGGUUAAGUUAAAAUUAGCCGCUGCCGAGGAAGCUCAUUCACUCUCUCUGUGGUCGACAGCUACCAUAUGUCGAGUCCUCUCUCUACCGAGCGUAUUGGCCUUGGUAACCGGUAUGCUAUUGGAGAAACAAGUCGUCGUGUUGUGCCCGAAUCUGGGUGUUCUAUCGGCUGUGGUGUUGUCGCUAAUACCUAUUAUACGCCCAUUCGAGUGGCAGAGUUUAUUUCUUCCAAUUCUGCCAGUGAAGAUGCUAGAUUUCGUUGAUGCUCCUGUUCCUUUCGUUGUUGGUGUGCAACAUAAACUAGCUGAUCUUAAGAUGAAAACAGGGGACCUGGUUCAAGUUAAUGUAGUCAAAGACCAGGUGAAAACUUGUAAUCUGCCUCAACUUCCUCGACAUAAAGAGCUUAUGUCGGAACUUAGGCCGAGCCACGCCGUGUUAUCACGCGAAGAGUCUAUUUCUCAGAAACCAGUAUAUAAAUGCAAUAAAGUGCAGGCGGAGGCUGCCGGAGAAUUCUUAGCUGUGAUGAGGCGGUACUUGGAAUCUCUUUGCUCCGACUUGUGGUCGCACACAAUUACGAGUGUCGAAUCCAAUAAUGACAGGGUUUCUAUACUCCUUAAGGAUAGCUUUAUUGAUUCUUUUCCUGCUAGAGAUCAGCCAUUUGUUAAGUUAUUUGUGGAAACACAGCUAUUUACUGUUCUGUCCGACUCUCGUCUUUCAAGCUUCGAGAACGAACACAAUUAAAGGCCUAGCAAUUUCAGUUUAGAAAAAACUAGAAGAAAGAUCAGAGGUUCAUCUGUGAGAUCUCCUUUGUGGUUUGAUGUCCCUCAGAUAUACAUACAUACAUACACACACACACACAGUCAGCAUAAAAAGUCUAUGACAAAGACAUUGUCAAAGGCGCUCUAUUUUCGUUUAUUUUGAUUCUAAGUGUAUAUAGUUUUUUGUACAUUGUACAGAACGCUGUUCACUAUGUCAGCUGAAAAACAUCCAAUGUUAACCGAAAUUUUCCUCA